CAUAUGUGAAAUAAAUACGCCGAUCUAAACGUUUUCACGCAUUCUUAUCGUAAUUUCUAAGUCUUCCUUUGAUGUUGCAUUAUAUUGCGUAGUGAAGGCUAAUAGCAACUUUUACGACCUUCAUAUAACUCAGCGCCAUCGGAGUAAUUUAUUCGCGGGUCACAUUGAACGAGAGCGCCCAUAUUUACCUUCAGAAUUAUAAGCACAAUGAUUACGGAGGUUCGAUAAGGUUCGCCGAUAAGAUAACCUCGUUGCGAGCUCAAUCCCUAUUGAAGGCUGCGACAACCAUUCAUUCGGACGGUGAACUUUGCACUUUACAGUGAGGACGUCUAGCUUGGGACGACUAUGGCGUCAGGAGCUGCGAAAAAGUUUGGCGAUCUUGUCGGGUCCAUCGACGAGGGUACCAGUUCCGCCCGGUUCCUGCUGUUUCGCGCCGAAACGGCCGAAGUGGUGUGCUUCCACCAGAAAGAGCUCCGUCAAAGUUAUCCCCAGGAGGGCUGGGUCGAGCAGGAUCCAAAUGAAAUCCUUGCCGUCGUGCACGAGUGCAUCGAGCGGACGUUGGAGAAACUCGUCGAACUCGGUGGCAACCCAGCGACGGACAUAGUAGCCGUUGGCGUGACAAACCAGCGCGAGACGACCAUCGUGUGGGACCGGACGACGGGUGAACCAUUAUAUAAUGCCAUCGUGUGGCUCGAUAUGCGUACCUCCUCGACCGUCGAGCAGCUACUCGAGACGGUGCCGAACAAGACGAAAAACAAAAACUACCUUAAGCCACUGUGCGGGCUGCCCCUGUCGCCGUACUUUUCCGCCGUUAAGCUCCGCUGGCUCAUCGACAACGUGCCGAAGGUGAAGGCUGCGAUUCGUAAUGGAAACUGUCUGUUUGGUACGGUCGACACCUGGUUGAUUUGGAAUCUUACCGGUGGCCCGGAGGGCGGUGUCCACGUAACGGACGUAUCGAACGCCUCCCGUACUAUGCUUAUGAACAUCGAGACACUCCAGUAUGAUAAAACCCUGGGAAAGUUCUUCGACGUGCCGCUGGAGAUACUACCCGAAAUUCGAUCCAGUUCGGAAGUGUACGGGCUGAUCAAAUUCAACCCUCUGAAAGGAAUCCCUCUGUCCGGAUGCCUGGGAGAUCAACAGUCAGCACUCGUUGGCCAAGAGUGUCUAACGAGGGGUCGAGCAAAGGCGACGUAUGGAACCGGGUGCUUCCUUCUGUACAACACCGGUACGGCUAUGAUCGAUUCAUCACACGGACUCAUCACCACCGUCGCGUACCAGAUGGGCCCGGACGCACAACCCGUCUACGCCCUGGAGGGUUCGGUCGCCGUUGCAGGGGCAGCCCUAGGGUGGCUGCGGGACAACGUUAACCUGCUAGCUAGCGCAAGCGAAUCGGAAGUCCUUGCACAUACGGUAGAAAACAACGGGGAUGUAUAUUUUGUACCGGCAUUCAGUGGACUGUAUGCACCGUACUGGAAUCAGGACGCACGUGGUGUAAUCUGCGGCAUAACAGAGGACACGCAGCGUGGGCACAUUGUGCGGGCGGCACUUGAGGCUAUCUGCUUCCAAGUGCGUGACAUUCUCGACGCAAUGAAUAAUGACUGCGGGACGCCCCUACAGAAGCUGAAGGUAGACGGUGGAAUGACGGUCAAUGCGUCCAUGAUGCAGUGGCAGGCGGAUCUCAUUGGAUUGGACGUAUUGAAGCCGACGUUUGUUGAAACAACUGCACUGGGAGCGGCUAUGGUUGCCGGGCGAGCAGUGGGCAAGUGGGACAUCGAAAAUGUGAGCAUCGAAAGUAGCUGCACUGCGUUUAAGCCGCAGAUUAGCGAGGACGAACGGGACAUGCGGUACAGCAAAUGGAAGAUGGCCAUCGAACGGUCGUUCGGAUGGGAGAACAACGCACUGUGAUUCCUGGGCUCUCAUGGCGUGGUAUGCACGUGGCCAGUGUUGAUUUAUUUGUUUUGUUGCCAAUCUAAUGUUGUAUG